UAUCAGUUUUAUACAAGUGUCAUUUAGAUUCUGUUACUGUUCUUUACUUGCUGAGAUAGCGGUGUGGGAAUUAACAUGGCUGAAAUAAAAUCAUUUUACGACAUCACAGCCAGAACCCUUACUGGUGAGGAGUUCAAGUUUUCUUCUUUACAGGGCAAAGUGGUCCUAAUCGAGAAUGUCGCUUCUCUUUGAGGAACGACCACCAGGGAUUACACCCAGAUGAACGAGCUCCACGAACGCUUCGCAGAAAAAGGGCUUGUGAUUCUGGGAGUUCCCUGCAAUCAGUUCGGCUAUCAGGAAAACUGUACAAAUGAAGAGAUUCUUUCAUCCUUGAAGUAUGUUCGUCCUGGCAAUGGCUUUGAACCUAAAUUCCAGCUUUUGGAGAAGGUCGACGUGAACGGGAAAGCCGCUCACUCUCUCUUCGUCUUUCUCAAGGAGAAACUCCCAUUCCCGAGCGACGAGCCAAUGCCCUUCAUGAACGACCCCAAAUUUAUCGUGUGGAGUCCUGUGUGCAGGAACGACAUCGCUUGGAAUUUCGAGAAGUUUCUCAUUGGUUCUGAUGGAGUGCCAUUCAAACGCUACAGCAGGAGAUACCUGACCAGCAACAUCGAGGGAGACAUCAAGAAACUUCUCAGCAUAGCCAACUAAAAUGGUUUGGCGGUCAAAGGCGUGUCAAUAUUGUAUUGCAUAUCUUAACCUAUAUGGGUUUCCAUGACAGGUUGUGCUCUCAUGAGCAUGAUGUUGCUAUGUUUGGACUUUUACUUUAUGAAGGUGCUCCUGUAAACAUGCUUGUCUGUGGGGAGCAGCUGAUGCUGUGCUAAAGUCCUAACUGAACAGUUGCAUUUAGCUCUUGUGUGGCACAACAUGCGAUAUGGAUCAAUAAAUGUUUGUUUUCUACUCAA